CAAGCCGGGCCCAGAACAAGAGGCACAGCUGAUCGACGCCGAAAUACACACGCUCGCAGCGUCGGGACGCCUGUUUGGACGAGUGUAUUUAUAGAGCGCCUGCCCGCAAACCUCCGUGGGAUGAAGUUCCACCAUGGAAAAGUGACCCGAUUGAUAAUUUGAUUGAAUUUUCUUCAUUGAAGGAAGAAAUGGCCCGGCAUGGAUUUUGGUAGUGUAGGAAUAGUGUUUUGUGAGCUCCGGAACCGUGGGUCUUUUCGUUUUCGUACAGUUCGAAUUCAAUAAUGGUGCUAAAAAUAGCGCAAAAUCCGAUGUAGUUUUGAAUUUCAAUUGGAUAAAGAACAUUCAGAUACGAUGGCGCUCGUCAUGCUACCCUGUGAUCUACCGUGGUGGGACAAAGUAAAGCAGCACCUAAUUCGAAUAGGAAAGAUCAAGGACUCUGAAGCCCUGAUUCAGGAGAUGGAGAAAAUUUACGAAUUAUGCAACAUAAGUCUGGAUCCAGAUGACGAAAAUCCGGAACCAGAUCUAUUCAAGGGUUUCAAGACAUUCUUGGAGAACGAUCUGAAAGAGGAAGAAAGAAAAAACUUUUUCAAUAGAACGUUGCCAAGCAUGGUGAACAGAGCUUUGAAAAUGAAGGAAUGCAAGCCGAAGGGAGGUCUACAUUUCAGUUUACAGCAACAGCCCGAUUACACUGAGCUGAACUAUGAAUUUGUUGCUUCUCUAAUUGCAAACGCCUUUUUUUCGACAUUUCCUAGAAGAACUGAUAAGAGUCAUCCAACUUUGAGAAAUUUCAAUUUCUCGAAUUUUUUUGAAAGGCUCGACUUGGCAUCGCAAAGAUCAAAACUGAAGGCAAUUUUGCACUACUUCGAUUGGCUAGAAAAGAAGGAAAAUUCCAUAGGCGGGAUCAAGAUAAUGCGACAGGUCAUGAAUGGAAAAGAAUGGCUCACAAUUGAAGACUGGUUAGAGUGUAGCUUACCCUUGUGUUCAGUACAAAUUAAACAUGAUGGAAAAUUAGAGAGAGCAGAAGCCAAUGCAUUAAAAAUAUGUUUCUGCAGUUCGAAGAUAGGAGAAAAUGUAUUGAAUGAAGGUGCUUCUCAGGAGAGCAUCAAUCUUAUAACAUUUCCCGAAAUAUUAUCCACGCUAUUAAAUGUGGAAGCACUAGAAGAUAAUGAAGUCUUGACAAUUGAAAAUGUAAGGCAUAUAACAAGGAUCAACGAUCCAAAACAUAAAGCCACCUUGGAAAAAUUGGAAUAUCCUUAUACGACUUCAAUUUGUUGCAUGGACGCGGAUGACUACACCAAGCUGCCCAUAGGCCAAUACGAAGAAGACAAUAUUCUGCGAGAACUCAACAAAUGCCUUUUAGCUUUCCAACAACGACAAACAAACACCAAUAACAACUCUCAAACACCAAACGUUCAACCAUCCAAUCCACACAAGCAGAGGCGUCUAUCUCCCAUCGGCGAGUCAAGACGGGGAGGCAAACAAGAGGGAAAAAAUAUGGUUCCUAUGAUUACUCAGGAAUCCUGCAGUACAAUAAGGAGCGAAUCGUCCUCCAUCAUAGAAAAUAACAACUGUAGCAAUAAUAGAUUACAGGUGCAGAGUAACAUCGAAAGGAAUGUGAUCAAGAAAAUUGGUGCUAACUCUGAACUGGUACACAAUAGGAGGGGAAGGUUUAUAGUCCUAGGAAGCUCUGGAGAAUGUUUGCCAGUCACUAGGAGGCCAUUGGAAACCAUGAGAACGAUCUUUUCCAGCUGCAAUUCGAGCGAUGAAGAGUUUCAGAGCGCAAAAACUAGUUUAGACGAGAGCGAAGAAGAAAAUUUCAACCAAAAAUACAGCAUUGACCUAGAUACCUCUGAAAGAAGGCAUCACUUCGCGAAAAAACUGAAAAACGCCUUGAAAUCUGAGGCUCCGCCAGGAUCGAGCUCUUCUUCUUCUUCUUCUUCGUCGUAUGACUCCAGCUUUGCCGUAGGAAUUUCAGUAACAGGUUCCGGGGUACGCGAUGAGAACAUAAAAGUACGAAGAGAAGGAUCAACUGGUUUUGCUUUGCGCGAAGACUCUUUAGACGAAUGUUUCUUGCAGGAUUCGUUGCAGCAGGAGAAAAAAUGGAUAGACAAGUUCAAAAACAAACACUCAGUUGCGAAUAAAAGGGAAUCGAACAAAUCUUCGGAAUACAGUUUCAGUUCGGAGUACAGUUCUGAAAUGGAGGAAUUAUACGAACAAUUUUCAAAGUGGCUGGAAGACCCAAUACUAGAAACCGACAGAGGCACGAGAAAAGAACUGGAUAACCGAGAGCUUGCAGUGGUCAAAUUUGCCGGUUCUCUCCUCAAACGAACUCUCAGCGAAUCCUUCGCUGGUGUACCUGUUCCACUAACUGAAGAAAUUGGCAGUUCUUCCAAUACGAGAGCAAACCAGGAAAAGACACCAAUCCGGAAUAAGCUGGUACUGAACGCAAAAUCUUUGAGUUUAGAGCUAGCGAGACACAAGCAUAGACUUGCUGCUCAAUUGAUCAAUCAUAAGGCUCCAAGGACAAAGGAGGCCCCUGUUUUUCAUAACGACAAUACGAAACGAAAAAAGAAAACGAACGAAACACGUAAAGUUUGGUUUGUAACUUACGAUUCUGAACCCGUAGUACAAACUUUAGAAGAUGUAAGUGUUAAAAUAAAACUUCCAAUGGCGUCGCAAAAACACAAGAUGUCUCAAAUAGCCCAAGUGCCUAAUGGUGGACUACGGCCAAUAGCGACAGGUAAUUGGGGGUGUGGAUCUUCUCGAAAAGGUGAUGUUCAAAUAAAAGUCAUUAUUCAAUGGUUAGCAGCUAGUGUGGCUGGUGUACCAUCCCUUAUUUAUUUUACUUGUGGACACCAACAAAUGUCGAAAUUGGACACAGUGUGCAGAAUACUUUUAGAUAGAAAGUGGUGUGUUAAAGAUCUUACUAAGGCAAUAUUGAAAUACUCCAAUCAAGUUUUACAUGGCAGGGAAAUUAGCGGAAAUCUAUUUCAAGAAUUAAUAAGCCAUGAUAAGAGUUCAUGAUGAUAUUAAGGAUUUUCAAAAUUACAAUACAAUCAUCUCACAUCUAUAAUACCAAUAGUUAGGUAACCUAUCUAUUUACACCUUCAUCCAGAUUGGUAUCUUUUGAAUGGUUAACAGAGAUCAUCAGAAUGAGGACCUUUCUUGAAUUUUGUUAUUAAUUUUUCAAGGUAAUCUAUGACAUAUAAUUGCACCACAUACACAACUUCAGUAGGGUGUUCUUCGAGGGCAUAAGUAAUAUUGAUUAUCUGCAUAUUCCGCUCUUGUUGUCUAUAAAAUAGGCUUUAAAUAAACGAUUUAAAAUAAAAUUUAUUAAAAACACAAAGUGUCUUCCACCAAAUUCAGAUUUAUAUACUAUGGUAGUUUUUAUAAAUAUUUUUUACCAGCUGUUAUAUUAUUAAUUACAAUAAAAGACAUCACACUGUAACUAAAGGAUUGUUUAUUACAAAUUUUAAUAAA